AGGCCCAAGAGGAAAGAGAAAGCAUUACACUCACUCACUACUGGUCCUCUUCCCAUCUCUCCCCCCUCUUCUUAACUCGAAAACCAAAACAGAUGGUGGAGAAGAGGCACAUCUGCCAGGGCGCUUUACAACAAUAGAUAAAGCAUCACCCCGGAGUCGAGCCCGGUCAUGUCAGCGUCCGAGAUCCGUUAGAUAUCUGCCGUGUUUUCUUGCUUCGGCUGCCGAGGGAGGACUGCAAAUCUGUCUGGGCUCUCCAACAAACGGAGAAGAUGGCCGCCAUUAAGAUUUUAACCAGCGCGGGUCUUUUCUUGGCGUUUUGUGCACUGGUCUUGUUGGCCAUGGCCAUCUGCACCGAUUACUGGUACGAGACAGAUGCCCGGCGGCACCGCGAGCGCUGUAAGAACUACGCAAACAAGCGCAACGAUCCCGGAUACAUUUACAUCUCAAAUCACAACUUGCCUCUCCAGAUGCCACCGAAGGGCUACGAGAGGACAGAGAUGGGGGAACCGUCAGCGCGCGUGAAGCGGCACGCUAUGGCUUCGGCGACGGCCAUGGAGUCUCACUGCAGCCGCCAGUUCAACUCCACGAUCUCCGGCCUGUGGAGAAAGUGUCACCGCGAGGGCUUUGAUCUGGAGACCGAGGAUCUCAUUUAUAAAGGGUUGAUUCAGAGAUGCACUCCUGUGAAGUAUCACUACACAUCUUCAAUCUUGCCUCGAAACCUUCCAGUCAACAUCACCAAGACCAUCCGGCAAGAUGAGUGGCAUGCCCUCCAUCUGCGGCGGAUGACAGCAGGUUUUGUGGGCAUGGCUGUCUCUAUCAUCCUUUUUGGCUGGGUUGUCGGAGUUCUUGGAUGCUGUCAACAACAUGAUCUCAUGCAGUAUGUAGCUGGACUACUCUUCCUCAUGGGAGGAACCUGCUGUAUUAUCUCCCUCUGUACAUGUGUGGCGGGCAUUAACUUUGAGCUUUCGCGUUACCCACGUUACCUGUACGGCCUUCCCGAGGACAUCAGUCAUGGUUACGGAUGGUCCAUGUUCUGCGCCUGGGGUGGACUGGGUCUCACCCUGCUGGCUGGUUUCUUAUGCACGCUGGCCCCUUCUUUAAGCAGCCCCCUGGCCCGCACCACAGUCCACAAGUCCAGGCACGAAAACGGGACUGUGUGAUUUAAAACUUCUGGAGCAAGCAUCUAUACCUAAUGACAUUUGGCCUAUUCAUCAACACAGAGUAUAAUGACUGAAUCAUCAAUCUUCUCUUUUCAAAGACUCAAGGGGCUUUCUGGCUCCCUCAGUGAUCAUUUCUUUCUAAAAGAUGCAGACCAUUAAUGGUUAAUGGAGAAAGUUUGGCACAAACGUUUGCGGACACUAAAAAGAGCGCAAUCAGUGCAAAAAGGAGUCACGUGCACAGAUACUGAGCAUCUUCCAUCAUUCACACAUUUCAUUCUGACCCUUUAUGGCACAAAACUAAAUGCAAAUGUUCACUGCUCUCUCUAUCGUGUUUAUGACCGAGAGGCUGACUGUUUUCUCUCCAUGAGGAUUCAAAAUAAAUGGUGCUUUCUUUUCACAAUCUCACGAUCUCCAGAGGACAAACAAAUUAUUGAUAAAUUCUAUUUCUUAUAGCUCACUUUAAAAAUUUUAUUGAGGUUCUGAGGACAGAAUAAACUGGGGUGGGCGGGCAAAGAAAAAGAGAGAUUAAAGCAUUUCUGUCACUAGAGUUUCAAGAAACACAUUUCCCAAGGCCUCAAAGAUUCUUUAUGUGUAAAAAAAUACUUGUUUCAUGUAGUUUCAUGUCUACAUUUGUAUGAAAUUUUGCUUGGAUACAAAUGAAGCCUUUUCACUCUUUGUUAUGAUCGGUGACCUGGCUCGGUCUGUGGUAGCUGUCUGAAUUUCACUAAAUUUAUUCCUCAGUGGCAUGUGAAUUACUGACCUACUGUAAGUUUGUAUUUAAAAUUCUUUGUCGGGUUGUUUCUGAACAUCAUUUGUUAUAAAGCCUUAUUGCUGUUGUGAGCACAAUAUGAGUUAAAACAGUUCUCAAGAGCUUAGCGUCUUGAACUAAAUGCUGAUGGAUAUUCAGGAUAAAAUGAACGUUCUGGUUGAACAUAUUAUGAAAGAUUUUUUAGGGAAUUCAGUGUUAUGAUUGGUUGCGAAGAAAGCAUAAUCAUCAAGUUUAAGUGUAGGCGGAUCAUAGAAAGAUAAACCUGGUUUAUCCUAACUCGGGUAAAUCACGUGUGGGGUGUUUCUUAUGGGUACAAAAUAUGUUUACAUGAUACAGUAUGUUUGUACUAUGACCAACUCAAGACACAACCAAACAAUAUACGAAUGAACCCCAAUCUAGUAAUAUGUUUUUUAAAAGUAAGUGUGUCUCUUCACAUUAUUAUAAAUAAUUCGUAUUGAUUCAACUCUCACCAAAAUAUUAUUUAUUAAGAAUGCUUCUGUGAAAAGCACACUUACCAUAAAUCAUUCAAACAUUUCUCACAUGUCUCAACCAAAUGUAGAUUUAUAGUCUCCACGAAAUCCAAGCACAAUGUACUGGUGUUGAUAUCCACAUUGGUGGUGAGUAAAUGCAAUAGUUAAAUGUGGGACGUUAAAGACUGAAAAUACUGUGGGAGUAUUCUGAAGCAUAUUUGGGAUAAUGUAUUAUGUAAAUUAGAUGUCAUUUGAGGAUAAAUUGAAAAGUCUGGUCAUUUUCUGCUAAAGUAUGUAGUGUUUAAUAGAAUAACAGAAGAGCUGACUGACAGUUUAACAUUUUGUCUCUGUAUAAAAUUCUUGAGCAAUAUGGCCAAACUGAAUGAUUUCAGUCAUGCAUAAGGAGAACAAAAUGAAACAAAAUUAAAAAUAAACUCUUUUUAGUAGACAUGAAAGUGUUGUAUGGAGUGGAGGAUUCCAGUAUCUGUUAUUGAGAACAACAUAGAUAAUAACCACCAAUAACAAUAAAAAUGUGUUUGAGAUUUUUCAAAGGAAAGCAUAAGACCAAUGUGUAAACAGAAAAGCAAUUCAAACAAAUAAAAGCAGAUUCAGGUGUUUUUGUCAUGUUGGUGAGAGACAUUUGUAUAAAAGCUGUCGUUUUCUUUGGCAGUUUGAGUAGCACCAUUUUUACUUUAUUUUUAGAUUGCAAACUGUUUGUAGAAAACAGGUAUCAUUGUCUGGCAUGCUGUCAUAUUUAUUAAUUCAAGUGUAUUUAGAUUUGUCGAUUUUUAAAAUGACUUUUAUUUAAAGAAAUAAAAUGUUAGUAGCAUUUCA